CGGCUGCGCGCGCAGUGAACGAGGGGGACGUGCUGGAGGACCUCAUUGAUUGCAGAGUUUAUGUGUCCUGCAGCCUACGCUGACGUAGUACACCACCCUGACGUCACCUUUCCCUGUGUGACGUGACGCAGAGCAUGACCCUUGAGCCUCUUUGUCCCUCCUGACCUGGGUGUACUGGCAGGAUGGCCUCGCCCCUUAGGAGCAAGUCCUCCGCCCCGCGAGUGGAAAGCACCCGCCACAAGGAGACGUCAACUAUCCGCGUGGAGACAUCGUCCCACCGCGAGGAAACAUCAUCCCACCGCGUGGAGACGUCCUCCCGGCAGGUUCGAACGUCUUCCCGGCAGGUGGAGACCUCUCAGCGGCACCGGGAAGGGCCCUCCCUCACUCCCUCCGCGAAGCGACUCCCUAGAUUCCUCGAGGUGUCCUCCCAGCACGUGGAAACCUCCUCGCAGUGCACGGAAACGUCUUCCAGCCACGUCAGGGCGUCGUCAUCCCUGCGGGUGGAGACGACUGUGCACCGUGUAGAGAGCCCAGCCAGGCGGGACAAGCAGACUGCUCGCCAGAGUGCCAAAAUGGCCCGAUGAAGUGCUACCCAAGGGCCAUGGCCCUUAGCCAGGACUGAAGUGCUUCCAGUUGCCAGCCAGCCAGCUUUCACGAGAGCCAAGCAUCUUUGGUUUCAUGGAAACAGCCCAUAAAUCAGUGUAAGAAACAGGCUGUGGUUUCUGGGCGCUGCCAACAUGUAUUGACAUUGCAGCACCUUAGACCACCCUGCUAUUGACCCGGUGUACUAUUUAACCUGAAGCCAGCACAGAGGAGUUUCGGACUUGUGGUACUGUAUAUGCCUGGCCGAUGGACAAAGAGGCCCUUUGAGUCUCUGCACCAGGGGUGACUCAGUGAGUUGAUGUCCUACCUGGAGUCUGAAGCCAAAGCCUCUCUAUUGCAAGCAAGAGGUUUUGGAAGAAGUGACUUCACCUGUCCCUGGGAGCUGCCCCAGAGAAACUGAGUUCAGAGGGAGCAGGGAAGGAGACCCACAGUCUGCCCUUGGAGACACCUUAUUUGGGCCCCUCUCAUCCCCAGACAAAGCAAUUCAAGUGUCAUUGUUGCUGAAGGAAACCCCGGGAAGGAGUCAGCACAGGUAGGGUCUCUAUACCCAUUGUGGCAUCGGAAAGUGACUUCAAGAGAUGAUGUGAGACAUCUGCCACUUCUUGUGACCCUCCAGCUCUUCCUGCCACCCAGGCUGCAGGCUUUCCUAACACUCAUGAGCCGACACUCCAAUGCUCUAGCAUGACCUUUUUUGCUGGGGCUCAGAAUCAAAUUUGCAACAUGUAGUUUCUGGGAUCCACGUGCCUAAAGAAAACUCAGGAUGGAGUCUCAGAGUGCCUCAGGGCAGGCUUUGGUGACUCCCUCGUUCAGGUGCUCUGUGGAUCGUGUACGGUUUGGGGAUUCUCAGCACACCUCUAGAAUGGGAAUCAGGUCUUCUGGCUUUUCCUGAACUCCCUGAGAGUCAAGGCCACGCCUGCUAUCCUGAAACCAGGCCUUCAAAUGCCGGCUUCUGCUGGCCUCUUCAACCUCACUGCCUCAGCCAGGUACCUCUUUGAUCCUGUGUCACUUCUUCCCAAAAGGCUCUUGUAGAUGCCCCCAAGUCUCUAGACUGUGAAGUCUUCAAAAACACAUACUAUGUGUCGAUGUCUUCUAUAACUUCUGUGCCUGGUCUAUCACUAGGAAUGUACCAGGAAUGUUGGAUAAGUAAAAGAAAAUGCCAGAUGGAGAAAUGGAUUGGUAGGUGGAGGAAUGGUGGCAUGAGAGGUAACUAGACUGGUGGAUUUGCUCAUCUGAAGCAUGUAUUAACUUAUAUCAAUAUAUGAUCUGCAUGUUAGGCUGUGGAUAGGGUUCAGUGCUACAGUGUUUUGUGUGGGCUUGAUCCCCAGCACUAAAGAAAGAGCAUGCAUGUAUUCCUGUGCACCAGGCUUUGCCCUAGAUGCUGAGGAAACAUUAAACACAGUGCAGGCCAAGUCUAUCUGUUACGUUACGUUCCUGCAUGGAUGGAAAGAUGGCUGGAUGUGUUGGAUAGAUGUGUGCCUGGAUAGAAUGGAUGAUGAGGGAGGAAGGAAGGGAGAACUAAGAAGAGAGGAAGGGUGAAUGAGUGGGGUGGGAAGGAUGGAAGGGAGAGAAAGGGAGGGAGGAAAGAGAGAGAGAACAGGAGAACCAGGAGCCAGAGGGAGCCAGGGGAGAGGAUGGGACAGAUGGAUGGAUGAUAGCAGUCCCAAGCUAGCUCAGCACCUUCUGCUCAGGAGACUGUUAAAUUGCGUUUUCCCUUAAAAACUGGUCUUUUCCUAUGCUGCUAAGUACUUAGCUAGAAAAAAGUUUUGAAAUUCUAAAACCAUCUCAACAAGGAGUGAAGCAAGUAGAGGACCCACAGGACGUGGUGAGAAUACUCAGGAGGGCUCAGAGAGACUUCCCUAGGAUUCCUCAAGGCUACAGCAUCUUCUGCCUCUCAUGCUGCCCUACUUCCCCCUUCGUGACCCUGUUUGUGGUGGCAGCACAGAGUCCCCUGCUUAAAGAAUAUGCAGUUCUGUGGUGACAGAUGGCCCAGGGAUGGAAGCGGGGUGGAUGGUGACGUCUGCCACCUCUUAGUAGAAUUCAAGGGCCACCUAGAGCUGGA